AUGGAGCCUACAGAGUCAGCGCUCAUCACAGGAGACUCAGACAGGAAGUCGCUGCUGAAACAGAACCUGCUGCUUGCAAGCAAGUGUAAGAACGCCGCCGUGAAGCUGGCGGACUUUGGGCUGGCCAUCGAGGUGCAGGGGGAUCAGCAGGCCUGGUUUGGAUUUGCUGGCACGCCGGGGUACCUGUCCCCCGAGGUCCUGAGGAAGGAGGCAUAUGGCAAACCUGUGGACAUCUGGGCCUGCGGGGUGAUCCUCUACAUCCUGCUGGUGGGUUACCCUCCUUUCUGGGACGAGGACCAGCACAAGCUGUACCAGCAGAUCAAGGCUGGGGCUUAUGAUUUCCCGUCCCCAGAGUGGGACACAGUCACCCCGGAGGCCAAAAACCUCAUCAACCAGAUGCUCACCAUCAACCCAGCCAAGAGGAUCACGGCUCAGGAGGCCCUGAAGCACCCGUGGGUCUGCCAACGGUCCACAGUGGCAUCUAUGAUGCACCGACAGGAGACCGUGGAGUGCCUGAAGAAAUUCAACGCCAGGAGGAAACUCAAGGGGGCCAUUCUUACCACCAUGCUGGUUUCCCGAAAUUUCUCAGUCUCAAAGACCCGGGAUAAUCAGUUUGGAUAUCCACCCAAAGCCCCGACAUGCUCCCCGUAA